GAUUAAUAAGACGUGAAUUUAAUUUACUGAGCGAUGCGAUUUUCACUAAAAAUACCGAGCAUUUAAUGUGUAAUAACUGAUCUAUGGUUGUGCAUAAUGUGUGCACCAAGUUAAUUCUAACACUCGCUAAAUAACACCAGUGAAAUCAAUGACUUGCUGUAAUAAUUUUAAAAUAUACAAUUUGUCGUGAAACUCGAAUUUUGAUGGCCGUCUCGUGUUAAAUGGCGAUUCGUGAACGAAACCAAUGCUUCAUUGAGCUAUGUAGCAUGUAACGCCAAUAGUUCGGCGCAACUGUGUUUAUUACUUUGCUGAAUCCCAAGUGCGCUUUCCAUAAUAAUACCAUUGUAAAUUAGCAAUAAAAUUAUGAAUUAGGCAGUGAUUAACUGAAUGUAAUUUCAUUAGCAGAAAUAGUACAAAAGAUUGUGUUACAAUUAUUAUAUGCACACGUACGUGUGUGUGUUUAUUUGUGCACUUUGUGAAUAGAAAAAUGUGUUUGUGCAUAAGCAGUAUAUGCAGCAUCACCCCACUGUCCAGUGUGCCAUGUCUGCGGCAUGGUGUCAAAUUCAACUUCAUAUUGAUAAUAUUUCUGAAUCUUUUGCUGAAUUCACGCAGUCAACUGCUCAUCAACGUACAAAAUCAAGGAGGUGAAGUCAUACAAGAGAGCAUCACCUCCAAUGUCAGUGAGGACAUAAUUACUUUAGAGUUUCAAAAAACAGACGGCACGCUUAUCACACAAGUCAUUGAUUUUCGAAAUGAGGUGAAAAUCGUUAAAGCGCUCGUGCUGGGCGAAGAAGAACGUGGUCAAAGUCAAUACCAAGUCAUGUGCUUUGUAACGAAAUUCAAUAAAGGCGAUUUCAUUUCGUCUGACGCCAUGGCGAAGUUGCGUCAAAAGAAUCCCAGCACGAUACGCACUCCUGAAGAGGAUAAGGGACGAGAAACGUUUACGAUGACAUCUUGGGUGCAUCUAAAUCGUUCGUUGCCAAUAACACGCCACCUGCAAACGUUGUGCGCGGAGGCGGCAGAUGCGACAUAUGUGCGUGGUGUCGAUGUGAAGGCGUGGUCUGAAUUGCCAGGCUCCUCCAUAUCCAGCCUCGAAGCGGCAACUGAGAAAUUUCCCGAUACACUUUUCUCACGCUGCAAUGAGGUUAGUGGCCUAUGGGCACCCUGUCUUUGUACGCUCGAAACCUGCAUUGGCUGGUAUCCAUGCGGUUUGAAAUAUUGCAAAGCAAAGAAUGGUGGCGGCGAUUCGUCAGCCGCACAAUCCAACUAUCGUUGCGGCAUUAAGACGUGCCGCAAAUGCAGUCAAUUUACCUAUUACGUGCGACAGAAGCAACAAUGUCUAUGGGAUGAAUGACGAGGACUGCAUAUGGGCACUGGUAGUUACUGCAAUCAUAAAACAUGCACAAUGAAUAAGUGGCCAACGACGACAGAGGCAGCAACCUCAACACAAACAACAACAACAACGGCUGUAGUAGCGGCCGCCGUGGCUGCAGCGGCAUCGGCGUCAAUAGACAAUCGUCAUCCACUGUCUGUGUCGCCACAUCGCCACUGGUAUGCUAAUAAGCAUAUAUAUUGUGGCAGCAAUAAGCACUGCGUUACGUACAACAAUCGCGACUUUGCCACCGCGGUGGCAGUCAAUCAGGAGCAAAUGUUUCUGCUGCAAUUGCCAUUGCUGUUCGUUGUGUCUUCGUCUUCAUCGGAUGCAGCAGCGGCGACGCCAGUAAACUAUUGAAGCCAUUUUCGCUAAACAAGUAAAAUUUCCUCAUUUCCCUACAUUUAAGUAGUAAUUCUGUUUCAGUUGCGUGUAGCGUAGUGUAAAUAUGUAGAUACAACUCGUACAUAUAAGUAGUUAACUGUAUAUAAGCAAUUUUUUUAGUACAUACUUAUCAGUACAUCCACAUUAUGCGAAAAUUGUGUAAAAUUUAAUAUUCAAAAUUUUCCAAUUUUCAAUUUUCGUGUAUUUCUUGAAACGUCUUCUUGUUUUAAUCCAAAAACUGCAUUUCUUCGAACAAAAAAAAGUGAAUUCUAUUCAAGACUGUUAAUGUGUUAGUGUUAGAGUAUAUUUUAAUAGGCCGUACUGCAUUUGCCUCGUUUAUGCUGUAUAUCACAAAGAUGGUAUAUAUUAUUACCAUAAAGGCUUAAUUUUCGUGGUUUCUUCUACUACGCACACAAGUUGCUAAUAAUUUCUUGAGUUCCUUCAUAAUUAUUACUAAUAAUUUUUUUUCUCCUUUAAUUUUUCUGACAUUAAAAAUCGAUUUUAUUAUUAUUGUUUUUUUAUCUAUGAAAUAAUGUAGAACACGUUUACCACUAUGUUGCAAAUGAGUUUUCCUUAUUUUGAAAAAUUAAAAUAUAUAUGCAGCAAUAUAUACUCAGCAAACCGUUUAUUUACUAAACGAUUUGUAUUUUGAUUUCUAUUAUCUUCUGAUUUGAAUUUUACAGAAGAUUCUUUUUAUAUUUAAAUUAUGGACAACUUUUUUUUUUAUAAAUUUCUGGAAUUUUUAUAAAAAUUGCUUGCUUUGACCAAAAAGUUGUACAAUUUUUGCGGUCUAACGCUUGUUUUUUGGAUCUACCGAAAUCUUUUUCCUAAAUCUAAUGGUGAUUAAAUUUAUCAAAUAUGCUGUGGAAAUUUAGAUUUAGGAAUUUGUCUUCAUUCAAUUUACUUCUUGUUAAGAAUCGAAAAUAUAUAUAUAUAUAUACAGCUGUAUGUUUUAUCCCUUUAGAGAUUUACUAUCAUUCAUCGGUUGUAAAUCGACGUUUUUUACUGAACGAGUUGUCCUUUGAUUUCUCUGAUCGUUUGAUUUGAAUUUUACAGAAGAAAGUACAGAAGACACUUUUUAUAUUUGAAUUAUGGACACCAUUAAAAAUUUCUUGAAUUUUCAUAAAAAUUUCUUGAAUUUUCAUAAAAAAUUCUUGCCUAGACCAAGAAGUUGUAAAAUUGUGUCUGUCUUUUGGAUUUAUCAAAAUUUGUCGAAAUCCUUUUCCUAAAUCUAAUGUUGAAAAGUAUUUUUUAUCAAAUAUGCUGUGGAAAUUUAGAUUUAGCAAUUUGUCUUCAAUUGUUAUCUCAUUAAAUUUCCUAUAGUCUAUCACGAUACACAAUUUUUCGCAUCGGAGUUGUUCAUCUUCUGAGGUACCAACCGUAAAGGUGUGUUAUAUGGUGAAAGACUUUUCGUUAAUAACCGGUUUUUCUUCAUUUUAACUAUUUUUUCCUUAUCUCCUUCUUAUAUAUGUAUACUACCUAGCUUGCAGUCUUUUAUGAAUUUUUGAACAACAUCUAUUUCUACAUGUCAUAGGUUUCUUUAAUAUGAAAGACUCUUCGUUAUUAUCCCGUUUUUCUCCAUUUUAUUACCUUGCAGUCUUUUAUGAAUUUUUGAACAACAUCUAUUUCUAUAUAUCAUAGGUUUCUUUAAUUUGAAAGACUCUUCGUUAUUAAACCGUUUUUCUCCAUCUCAACAAUUUAUUUCCUUAUACCCUUCUUAUAUACGCAUACUAAAGCUUGCAGUCUUUCAUAAAUUUUUGAACGAUGUCUAUUUCUACAUGACAUUUAAUUUUUUUUUUUUUUUGAAUCUUUAUCACUUGAUUUGUUUCACAACCGUGAAAUUUUACCAUUUGUCUAACAUGGCACCUUUUGCUGUUGUUUGAUGAAUCGAAUUUAAUUUCGAAACCUGUGUUCCAGUAGCCAACAUCUCUGGUUUUCUGGUAAAAUCCUUCUUUUGUAGUUUUAGUACUUUUAUCAAAUAUUAAAUACACUUUUACUCUAAAAGUGUUAUUUGUAUUUUUAUUUUCUCUCAUUCUCAAAGAUCCUUUAUAUAUAGACUUUCUACUGUUAAAUAAGUGUCUUUUAUUAAAUUGACUAAUUUUUCAAUAUAUAAUUUAUAAUAUCGACUUUCUUCGUCUAAUGAAGUCUAAAAGUCAUUUUAGCCUCCUUGCAGAAAUGUGGCGUUCUCUUUGGUUUUAAAAAUUUUGUAGUUUUUGUACAAAGUUCGCUUUCAAGAGCACAUUUACUGAAAACAAAAUUUUUUUUUACCUCCUUAUUUAUUAAAAUGCCUAUUAAAAUUCGUUUCUCCUUUUUUUUAAUUGGAUUGGUGGCGUGAUUUCGCUUAGCCAACCAGUUUUCAAUGACGUUCUUCGUGUUUCCUAAAUCAUCCUGUUACUAUUAUUAUCAGCAUUGUUAAUAGUAUAUCACACCCCUCUGAGCAGAAUAAGAAUUGAUUCUUUGCACAUCUUCUAAGUCUUUUGUUGAUUUAUUUAGACCUAUUUUGCCAAAAUAUGAAAUCUUCUGAAAACCAACCAGAAUAUCUUCAAAAUAUCAUCUAUUUGAGUAGUUUGAUGUUUUUUUAUAUAAAAUAUAUUACAUUAUUCAGUCUUCCACACAUCUUCUAAGUCUUUUAUUGUUCUGAUUCCUCAGCAAUAAGAAAUUCCGAAUAUUUUUGCUACUCCUUAGCAUAAAUUCGUUAGCAAUAAGAAGCUAUCUAUAUCUUUUCUGCUCCUUAGCGAAAAUUCGUUAGCAAUAACAAACUCUCUAUAUUUUUGCUGCUCCUUAGCAUAAAUUCGUUAUCAAUAAGAAAUGAUGGAUAUUUUUGCUGCUCUUUAGCAAAAAUUCGUUAGCAAUAAGAAACUCUCUAUAUCUUUUCUGCUCCUUAGCGAAACUAAAUAAAUAAAAAACAAGUUUUUGGACUGAAGAAUCGAUUCUUUUCACAUCUUCUAAGUCUUUUGUCGAUUUAUUUAGAAUUUGAAUUGAAAGAAUUUGUUCAAAGAAAAAUAAAAUCUAUUACAUUAUUCACUCUUCCGCACAUCUUCUAUGUCUUUUAUUGUUCUGAUUCAUCAGCAAUAAGAAAUUCCGAAUAUUUUUGCUGCUCCUUAGCAAAAAUUCGUUAGCAAUAACAAACUCUCUAUAUUUUUGCUGCUCCUUAGCAUAAAUUCGUUAUCAAAUAAGAAACUAUCUAUAUCUUUUCUGCUCCUUAGCGAAACUAAAUAAAUAAAAAACGUGUUUUUGGAUAAAAAAAACGUUUCUCUAGCCGUCAAUUGAUAUAUCUAUUUGUUUAGGCGUAUCAUUAUUAUCCAAUUUUGUUGGCUAAUUCCUAAUUAAUUCAAAAACAACAAAAUCUGAAGUUUCAUGUUCGAGCUUCCUUUUCGAUAUUGUUAAUAUUCAAAUGUUGUAGAAACAUUUGACUUUUAUUCUCUGAUGACGUGGUCGCGCUUUCGCUUUCAUCGCCUACCGCGAAGCUGUCGUUCUUGUUUGUAUACUUCUUUUGGAGUUUAGACGAUAUAUUCUCAGAAAAUAUACUCGCGUUCUUGCUUUCAUCGCCUACCGCGAAACUGUCGUUCUUGAUUGCAUACUUCUUUUGGAGUCUAGAUGUUCAAUUUAGAUUUCGUAUGUCUAUAAUCUAGAACUCCUUUUGAUCUAUUUAUUCAUUUAAACUAUAUUUUCUCUCCUGUUUUUUUUUUUAACAAGAAUUCCUGGAGCAGUUAUGAAUUCCAAGAUUUUAGUUGAACUAAAAAUAUAUAUAUGUUUUUAGUCGAGAUCACCACCAUUCGACUUCGGUCUACUUCUCAAUAGCAAAAAGAAGCAGUCUUAAUUAACUUAUGUAUUCACAUUUGGGUUUUGUUUUUGAUUCUAGUCAAAAAUAAUAUUAUUUUUUAUACAACAACUUGUGUGCGUGCCGUGCAAAUAGCAAUUAAUUAAUUAAUUGUUUCUACCAGUGUAUUCAUGCAAAUAAUACUUAUUGAAUGCUAAUUUGUUUUGUAAAUAUUUAUUGUACAAUAAAAAUAGCGCAAUACUCUCGUAUUCAUAUCUCUAUAUCUAUAUAUGAAAAUCUAUCACAAAUCCGUACAAUAUGUGUGUGUGUGUAUUUAAUGAGUGGCCUUAGCACACGUGAAAAAUUGAAAAAAAAAAAAUCAGAAAAAACCAAAUAAAUACUACAAAAACAACAAGUGAACGAAAUUUUAGGUCGUAAUUCCAAACCAAAAUCAGUGUUCAUAGUCUAAACUGCUGCAUGUAUGAAAAAGGUCAUGGCGCCAAUAGGCAUAUAAAGUGCAUGUACAUAAGUGCAUAUAUACUUAUUUAUAUAAUGAAAGUAUAUAGUUGUAUAUAUGUACAUAUUGGUUCAUACACACAUGCAAUAUAAAUGCAUUUAUGUAAUGAAUGAAAAUGAGCCUUAGUUGCGUCUAUUAAAUCGCUGCUGGCUGGCCGCCACACACAUACAUACAUACAUACACUACAACAAAACAUACAUGUAUGUUGUUGUUAUUGUUGUAGAAGCUAACUCAAAUAAAUACGGAAGAUAAACACAAUUAGGUGAAGUUUUUCAAGUGCAAUUCUACACUACAUCACCCACGCCUUCUCCACACACACACACACACACACACAGAUUCACACAUACAUAUACUAAGGCAAUACACACACUAACACAUACACACAGUUAUAUAUACAGUUAGCAAGUCAACACUCACAUGUAAACUAUAGCUGCUUAUAGACCACUAGCUCUCUUGCUGCAGCAGAAUUACAAAAAAAAAUGAAAUAAAGAAAGUAUAAAAGUUUCAAAUACAACAACAACAAGAAGAUGGUAUUUCAAAAUACACUCUAUACGCAAUAAAUGAACAAUAAAAAAACAACAAUACUACUGUCGUGUAUACACAAUAGCUAUAACUACUAUGUACUAUGUAUAUGUAAGCUUAUAUAAAAUAAUAUAUAUAUAUAUAUAUACAUAUAUACUAGAACAGAUACAUAUAUGAAUAGCGUAACAAAAGCAUUAACUUAAAUAUCUAAAUAGUCUAGCUUUAUCCCCGUUGUAUAGGCGAAAUGCGAACAAAUUAUUAGUAAACAAAUAAUAAAUAAAAAAAGAAAAAAUAAAUAAAAAUAAUAAAAUAAAUAAAAAUAAUAAAAUAAAAUAAAAACAAAAAUAAUAAUAAAAUAAAAUCGAAAACAAAAAUUAAAUUUAAAUAAAAACGCGUUAAAACUAAAAUUUGCUUUAUCAAAAAUCCUAAAAACAAAAAAAAAAAUUUUUCUAACCUCCAAAAUAUUUUUCAUACACAUAAAUAAUAAUAAUAAUUUUUCCGCUAUAUUUUUUGAAAAUUCCUUGUUCCCUCAAAUUCAAAUUCAAUUUUAAUAAAAAUUCAUUUUUUUAAUAAAAAAAUUUGCUGCAAAUUAUAAAUAUUAUAAAUUAUAUAUUGCAAAAAAAAAAAAAAAAAAUAAAAAUCGAAAAAAAGAUCAGCAAAUAUAAAGAACGUGAUAAUAAUUUUACUCCACUUAACGUACAAUUAUACAAAUGAAAAAUAUGGGAACGAACGAACUCUAUAUAUAA